GAACUGCUGUGUCAUCUGCCUGUAUUGUGUGCACCCCUUCUUACCCUGUGUGUGUUGCAGGAACUACUGUGUCGUGUGCACCCCUUCUUACCCUGCGCGUGUUGCAGGAACUACUGUGUUGUGUGCACCCCUUCUUACCCUGUGUGUGUUGCAGGAACCCGGUGGGCAAGUACCACGUGCAGGUGUGCACCACGACGCCGUGCUGGCUGUGUGGGUCAGACGACAUCAUGCGCACCGUCAAGGAGGAGCUCAAGAUCGACGUGGGCCAGACCACCGCCGACGGCGCCUUCACGCUCUCUGAGGUCUGUCUCUUAUACACAUCUAGAUGUGUAUAAGAGACAGNCGAUGAUUAUUAUGAGGAUCUUACGGUCGCCGACACUAAGCAGAUCCUGAGCGCCCUGAAGAGGGGCGAGGCCCCUAAGGCGGGACCCCGCUCGGGACGGUACGCGGCUGAGCCCAGAGGUGGCCUCACGUCCCUUACGACCCCUCCCACGGGCCCCGGUUUCAAGGUGCAGGAAGGCUUGUAGACGCGUCACCGACUGAGGUAUUCAAAUGUACAGAAUAAUUAUAUUCGUCAGCUUGAUUGCAUAGCGCAGCAAUCGAGGUCUGAAUAAAUUAUAUCAUAUU